AUGCGCACCAUAGAUGACCGUAUCGUCCAUGCCCUGAACACCACCGUGCCCACAGUCUCCUUCUCAGGCAAAGUGGAUGCCACACAAACAUGCAAACAGCUCUAUGAAUCGAUGAUGGAGGCACAUCUGAGCAGAGACAAAGCCAUCAAGGCCUGUAUAGCCCAAACAUCUGAGGUGGUCGGACACCUGUGUGAAGAAAGAGCAAAAGAAAGCGAAAACCUGGCACUUAUCAAACAGCUCAGAAAGGAGCAGACCAAAUUAAAGCUUAUGCAGUCAGAGCUGAGUGUUGAAGAAGUUGUCAAUGACAGAAGUCUGAAGAUCUUCAGGGAAAGGUGCAGAAUCCACUACACGCCUCCGAAGGUGAAGUGAAGCUCCGUCGGAUUAGAGGAGCU